UUGCGGUCAAUCCUCUUAAUAAAUGACACCGAAUCCUUUUCUGUUUACCGAUUGCAUCCGCGAAUUAUGAAGUUUUUAGCCGCGAAUGCAUGAACUGGGUUGCAAUUUUUUCACCCGUGAAUAAUGAAAAAGCGAAUGAGGAACUUUUACUGUAUUGUAAAAACGGCCAGAAUAUUUAAUUUUCAAUGACUACACGACGUGUGAAUAGCGUUUAUCGUAUUUUACUCGCUAAUCCCUUUUAUUAGAAACCGGUGUAAAUAGGGUUGCUAGGGAUAAUUAACCCACAAUCUUGGGCUGUCAAUAACAAUUUUUUAAUUUAAGUCUUCCAGGAGCACCACUAGCGCCGCUCAAAGAUUAAUCAUUGAUAAAGUCAUCACCAUCUUAGGUAAUGCUCAUUUAGUAACUUUUUAAUAAGACGAAUUUAUUUUAUUAUAUCCAUUUGAGAGUAUAUCAUAAUCAUGCUCUUCUCGUUAGAAGCGUUAUCUUGUAACUAAUCGGAUGCCAAUGCCUCCAGUCUAAAAGUUCGUCGUUUGUUGGUCGCGGAGACGCAUACCUCUUUGGCAUGCUCGCGUGCUUAAAAUGCCUGUACAACAGCCAACUAUUUUGACAGUGAAUGUUUGAGAAACGGUCCUGCUUUAAAUUCUGCCAAAAUUUGUAAAUUCAUAAAGUACCGUCAUCACGUAUGUUACAUAAAAAAGGACGUACUACACUAUGAACUAAUGAAUUCGAUUAAAUUUUUGUGAUCGAAAAAUCUAAAAAAAAAAAAAAAGAAGACCUGUAUGAAAUGCCAGAAUUUUGCAAUUUUACUAAAUUUGUGUUACUUAUUUUUGGAGCUGUAGUAUUCUCUCAUUUGUAUUGCAUGUGGCUUAUCUAUAUAGACGUCAUGCAUUUCCUUCGAAUGCUUAUUAGAAGAUUCUUUUGAAAUUUUUAGCACUUCCAUCGGACGUAGUUGAUACUGCAAUUUGUUACUACUAAAAUUAGAACAGUUUGUUUAAUAACGUUUUAAAAUACUUUUCAGGUUUAUUAAAAUAUUUCUUGAUUGUUUUCCACAACACACACUAAUUGUCGUUAUCAAAAAUUGAUGCUGAAUAGUUCCAUAAAUCCGUAGUUGAAGAGAAAACUCCCAGAGAGAACAACAUGACAAUGUCGACUACUUGUUAUUAUUAGUUAUACUAAUAUAUUGGAUUUUGCGGUCUUCGAAUGGGUGGGUAACCCCACUUGGCAUUCAUAUAAUCCCUGCCAGCUUCAAAAAAUGCUUCCCAAACUGAAGAAUCUUAGGAGAUUCGAGUGAACGGUGAAGUUAGUCGCAUCCAAUAGUGCUGGGUAGUGGUAAAAUGAUAAGGAGCGAUUUUUCCGUGUCUAAUUGAAAACUGAGUUUGAGCUGUGAUAACUCAGUUCUCCGUUUCUUGUCAGGAUCUCUACGUCUUGCUCCUUUGCGGACUAAGAAUUGACUCAUUCCAGCCUCCACAGUUUGUGGAUGUAAUGAAAGUCCUCCAGCCUCAUUGCGCCUCCCGUUUUACACAUCUUGCAAUAUUUUGCUUGGUCAAAUAGUCUUUCCCUGUUGUCAGUGUAGAAGACAUUGCUGUAGUUACUUAAACUGUUGAAAGUUUAGGGUUGUACGACAGCAGUUCAUCUCUAAUAUUUGUAACUAGUGUAAAUGCUAGUUUUGGAGGUUGCUACAUUUUUCAUUAGCAGUAAAAAAAACCGCUUUGUCUAAAUUUUUAAAACAAAUCCCGUAUCACAAGGAAUUUUACAGAGCGAAAGUAUCCAUGGAAUCUGGUCUUCGGGAUAGUUGACUACCCUAAUUUCAUUAUGAGUGAAACUAGUUUUGAGUGACUUUGUUUAAAGGUACGUACCUAAAGGAAAGAGGUGCCUACUUUUGAAACGACUUCUAUAUUUCCUUAUGCAAAAACAAAUCUGUAACAUUCUCACAAGAGCGCAAUUUCCGCAUUUGAUGGAUUCAAAAAAGUAUGACUUUCUUUUUUCUAGAAAACAAGAGUGGGCACACGCCCUUGUUACAUUAUGCAGCGACCGUCACUGCACUUGUGUUGCAUCAAACUUGAACCAAAAAAAAAAAAGAAAAGGCCACGUCCUUUUCCCAAUCCUAAAUUAUUUAUAUACAUCCGUUCGACAGGCGUAUGUAUAUAUUUAUGUAUUUCUACAACAUCCUGUAGUUACGUGUAAGAACGCGUGCGCUUCGCGGCGUCGUCGUCGUCGUCGUUCUAUAGACCGUCGCUCGCGUAAGAGCGUCGUAGCCACCCCGGACCCACGCGUGAAACGCUCUGCUCGUUCUCUCUCGUCGUUGCGUGGUGUCGUUAUCAUCGAGAGUGCUCUGCGCGCAAUCUGAACAAACCGCGAUCGUUUAGGCGGCAGUCGCAGGUAGCUCUGGCGGCUGAUGUCGUGGUGCGAUGAUACUGUUUUAAUUCUAACUGCACGCGACCACAGGUGUUCUUGCUUGUUUGUUAUCGUACGUAAACGGCCUACGCGAUUGAUUUUUCGCGGCAAACGGUGGUGACUGUUUAGUGUGCGGUGUCUGAGACAAAAUGAGAUGAUGAAGAGUGUCGUUGCUAUGCGGAAACGAAGGCUGCAGGCAAUAUUGUGACGGUUGUGAUGAGGUGACUAGGGAGGGACUGUGGUUGUCGGAAGUGCAACGUGGCAGUGGAGAGGGUAGGAGAGUGCGGUCUAUUAGUGGACUAAUGAGCGGUAGUUCUCGUUUAGGAAAGUGGAAGUAGCUAUACGGGGACGAUUACGUGUUACGAGACAGAAGAACAGGGAAAGGGCGGGAUUGUUGUAGUGUGCCAGACAAUGAAGUUUCACCUUACGUUAGCUGCGUUACGUACGCUUCUCGUUGUAUGAUCUGUGUUGGAUUUCUAAAAAGUAUCGCAGAACGCUACCCGCCGCUCCCGUAAUGGCAGUGACAUACAAAUCCGAAUACGUUGUUUGUGUAAUAAUUUUUAUUGCUACAAUCGAGAUGGUGAAUAUAAAUAAAAGUGUUUCAAUCAUGUUUAAAGUCACGCCGUCGUCAAAUAACAGUAAUGAUGAUGAUGAUGAUGCAGCGGGAAAAGUUUCAAGUGAUAUCUGCGUAUCAAGCACGUGAUACGAAGAUUGGAGAGAGAGAGCGCGAGAAAGUCGGAUACAUGUGUCUUCCACAAAUGCGAAGGGUGCUGAGUGGAUUUGCCGAAACGUUGGCAUGCUCUGCACUAUGCAGUAGUGAGUCGUGCGAAAUGCAGAUCUCGGAGGUGGGAAUACCGGGACCUGAGCCGGGGGCGGAACCAUGUCGCUUUCCAAAACUCGAGGAAUGCGCCCAUUUCCACUACGAGAGGGUGCAACUUCCUCGUCUGGAGGUCACGUUACAAGACAGCUUGGACAAAUCCCUCCACUCCCAGCACACAAACGAAGAGGACGACUCGGAAUAUUACAUGGUUCAGGUGAGUUCAGCGGAAGAGUGCUGGCUGGUGCAACGAAAUUAUGAAAACUUCCGGAUGCUAGACGCUCAAAUCCACCAGUGCAUCUUCGACAGAAAAAUAUCCCAGUUGCCCGAUCUUUCUAGUCACGAUGAAAACGAAGAAAACAACGCCGACUUAUUGAAAAACUAUUUGGAACGGUUCUCUGUUAUCGCCGACAAUUCGGUCAAUUGCGGUCCGGUGCUCAAUUGGUUUCAAAUGGACAAUAAAGGUCACAGACUGCUGGUGCCCAGUGAAGAGAGUCGUUCCAUCAAUACUCCAGCCGUUGCGGCGGCUUACAGUGUCCGCAGAUAUGUUUCUCAGGCGAGAGACGAACUGAACUUAGAAGUCGGUGACAUGAUAUCGGUAAUCGAUAUGACUAGUCCUGCUGAGUCGGUGUGGUGGAGAGGCAAGCGAGGCUUCCAAGUGGGCUUUUUUCCUCAACACUGCGUCCACAUUAUUGGAGACAAAGUGCCCAGGAAUAUGCCCGUUCCACCACCUGUUGUUGGGUCUUUAGCAAUAAGUCCAGUGAAACCGGUGCUCAGAAAACAUGGCAAACUAAUCGCGUUCUUCCGCAGCUUUAUCCUUAAUCGUCCUUCGCGACGCAGGCUCAAACAGUCGGGUAUACUGAAGGAACGCGUUUUCGGCUGUGAUCUCGGCGAGCAUCUCCUCAAUUCCGGUCACGACAUACCGAUGGUGCUCAAGUGUUGUGCUGAAUUCAUCGAGAAGCACGGCAUCGUCGAUGGCAUUUACAGGUUAUCUGGAAUAACCUCGAACAUCCAGAAGUUAAGAAAUACGUUUGACGAGGACAGAAUACCGGACCUUUACACCGAAGACAUCCUCCAGGACAUCCAUUCUGUCGCUUCGCUGCUGAAAAUGUAUUUCAGGGAGUUGCCUAACCCCCUCUGUACCUACCAACUGUAUCAGGGUUUUGUUAGUGCGGUGCAAGGUUGCCACAGUGUCAACAGGAAUUCUACCAACGACAGGGAUAGGCUGCUGAAAAUGAGGGAGGUUGUACAAAAGUUGCCGCCCCCACAUUAUAGAACCUUAGAGUACCUGAUGCGUCAUUUAGCCCGUGUCGCCAAACAUGGCCCGUCGACGGGGAUGACGACAAGAAAUAUAGCAAUCGUGUGGGCGCCAAACCUUCUUAGAUGCGCCGAGUUGGAGGUUGGAGGCGUGGCCGCUUUACAAGGUGUUGGAGUUCAGGCCGUCGUAACCGAGUUCCUAAUUUGUUACACCGACCUCAUCUUUUGCGACCAUCUUCCGACCCUCGCACAGUCGAACCUCGACGUUGAAUCGUCGAUGUCGCCCAAGCGCCUGCGUCCCAAGAGCUUGGCCAUAUCCACGCCAACGAAACUCAUCACGUUGGAAGAAGCCCGAAGCAAACACCUGUUGAGCAAAUCGGACGAGAGUGGAUACAUAGAGGUGGGGGGAGGGCCCAGGAAUCUACCAAAGAAAUACCACACCAUCAUCGAAUUACCAUCAGGAAGCAGAAAACGAGGGUUCUCCAAGAGGUCACCGCUGGGUUGGAGGUCUUUCUUUACCAGAACGAGAAACAACUCUCAAGGGAGCUUGUCAAAAGCAAGAAAGGCAUCCACUCCCGGAAACAUAAUAAUGACGGAAAAGGCUGUUACAGAAUCCGAUUUAACUGAAAUGAAACGGAAACUGCGACCUGUGAAAUCGGCUGAAAGUCUGACUUCCGGGCAUUCCGAGCCUGCCAGUACUGAAGACAUUUUGGCACCCCUGCACAACCUCAACAAACCCCCGGGUCAUAACAGAUCUGUCUCGCACGAUUCAUACUUUGACACGUUGCAAAAUUCGCAAAAUAAUUCCGAGGGUUCGCUUUUAGACUUGAGUGAAAUCCAAUUGAAUUUUGAACUUGAAGAGUCAGAAAUGAGGAUUUUUUCAGAAGACGAAAGUUUGGUCAGUUCUCCUAGAAAUCAAAAGGAUGUGGCCUUUCGUCGUUACCUUACGCGGCCUCGUACGGACGACUAUUCGACGUCAUCGAACAACCCCUCGCCGAAAAAACAACCUCGCGUCGUUCUCUCCCCCGACUCGAUAUCGCGGAAGCGCACCCGCCUCGAAGACCAGCUGUCAGACAUUCAGUAUAUCGACUGCAACACCCCUGAAAACAAUUACAUCUUUUCAACAACUGCUGUCAUCCACCAGCAACCAGACGAAAUUCAAAAAACAGCGGACGUCUUCGAAUCCUACCAGCCUAAGAAUAAGUCGCCCCGUAAUUCGGAGGUUGAGUUCAAACGUCAAUCUCUCAACCUCGAGAAAACCACGACCAACAAACCUCCAUCGAUACCAAAAUCAUUAACCGAGUCGAACAUUGAAAGUCAUUUAAAAUUUCUAUCGGCCAACGUUUCGAACCAAAGCAGCUCGUUCGCAAGUCCGCAGUCACCUAAGUACAAACGAUUGAAUGAUUCGAGUGCAAACGUAAGUCCUCUUCAAACCCCCGAAGACGUCCCGUACCAGAAGAUGUAUCAGAAUCUCAACAAGGGUUCCGACAGUAAACCGCCCGUCUAUGAAAAUGUCGAUCGAAAAUCUAGUAGUCCCGUCUACGAAAACAUACUCACCACGAUCAGUAUCACAUACAAAUCCCCUGUGAGAACGCCAAAGAGUCCGAACUCAACUGGGGAUUACGAGAACGUGGACGUUCUCAAUCCCGAACAAGCUGUUGUUCCCACGGUAGCAGCAUCAUUACCAUUGCAACAGGCCACUCAACCCAAUUUUGUAUUGAACGACACAUUAGACGUUAUUGGUCCUGAAAAAAAUCGGCCCAAGAGUGCAGGCGCCACAGAUUUCAACAAAGCGACCGAUAUGACAUCCGCAAUAAUCGAGUCAGAUACAAAAUUGUGGAAAAGUGAUCCGUCAAUGGACAGGGACAGCAGGAGCUGCAGUGAAGAAGCUUCCACAAUAAAAGGGAACAGUGACUCAAUGAAAGCAUCAAUGGGAACUAAUAACGAACUAACUAUAACGGACAAUUCCUUCUAUGAAAAUGAGAGCACGUUGGUGUUGAGUCCAACGGCAUCUUCUCUUAGUGAAGUAGUCCAGACAUCGACGGAGCUUCUGAAUACUAGUCAUUCGUCCCUAAACUUUCCCGGAAGUCCCAGCAGGCUCAGUCCGAUUGUAAGCUCGUUGCAAGACACGAACCAUUCGGAGUCAGAUACAGCUGUCAGCGAUCCAGAGUCCAAAACGCGCGACGAUUCUAGUCAAGAAAGUCUGAUAAUCGAUGAUAAGCCCGAAAACUUGUUGGAAGCACGAUUUUACAAUCCCGAAUAUCUUAAGUUAACUGACAACGUCAUCAGUCCCUUCGAGGAUCGGGAUUUGAGAGAAAUAAAACUAGUGGGUGAUGGAAUUGGCAAUUGCCUCAGCCUAAAGGAGGAGAUACAAAAUCUCAGAGAAGGUCUUCGAUUAGAUCUGAAUGACGACAGACCUAAAAGUAUAAAUCUCAUUGAAUUCAGUCCGAAUACCCCAACAGAGGCUUUACGAAAUGCAACAACGGAUAAAAGGAAAUCUUGUACAUCGGAAGAGGAAACGAUAGAUGACGAGAACAACAUUUACCAGCAGGUCAAAUACUUUCGCAGAUCUGUGCACGAAGUGAACGCACUUUUAGACAUGAGCCCGGAAUCAAAAGAGCAAAUUAACAAUAAAAAUUCAAAUCUACAGAAUGUGCGUCCUGACUUCAGUCUGGAACCAGAAGUAUGUGAUAAGCUUUCAACUGAAAGUCAAAGUAUAGUCGAAAAAGAGAUUGAAUGUGACAUCUCUACAGACGUUAAUGAAGAUAAGCAACCCAAAUCAGCUGCUAGUCCGGUGUCUUUCGAUUCUUUAGAAUCUGAUAGGAUCAAUAUUGAGAAGAACGUCGAAACCGUGCCUUCACAAACAUGCGACAGUGCCUUAACGAUAGACGACUCUUCCAAAGACAAUCCGGAAAUCAAAAGCAACAAUCAAACACAAGUAGGCGUUAACGUGAAAUCAUUAACAGAUAAAUUUGAAGCCAAAGAAUCGGAUCUGGUCGACUACAAACCUCCCCUAUUUGGAGGUAAUAGGGGACAAAGGCCGUCUCUAAGUCUUCCAAGUCCAAAACCUGAAAGAAAUCCAGAUAAGAGUCGGGAAAAGGUUCAACUGGAUAGUCUAUUUGGUAGCAGUUCUUCAUUGGGAGAGGAAAGACGUGUUUAUUACGACAGAAGUUGCUUACCGCCCUGUUUGAGGGCUAAGCAUUUACGAAAUUCUGCCAAAACGCGAUCACUAGAUGAAGAUGAAUUUAGCAGGGAGUUUGGUGACCAGUCAUUGACUCGGAGGAAAUCCCUGGACGAAAGCCUCUCCUACAAAGUGAAUGAUUUACCGAAGACAUUAAAUCCUCCCAAACCAGUUCCACUCGAAAUUGAUCUGGAUAUUCACUGUUCUCACAGUCUCCUACCCCUAACAGACCAAAAACUCAACAGAGAACGAAUUGAAAAGUACAAGGAAGAACGAAGGAAAUUCCUACACGAAAAGUACAGAUCUGAAUCCUUCAAGGAAAACAAGGAAGUACUUCUGUCCCGAAUGAAGCAGAAAGGUGUCAAAGGCAAGGAAGGUGAAGAAGAAAAGAUCGACGCAGGCGAGGAAAUUAAAACAGCAGAUGUGGAAGGAAAAAUUAAUGAUGAAGAAGUUUUUGAGGAGCUUCCCCAAAACAAAAAUAACGGAGCUUAUAGCAAAUCAAGUGACAAAGACAAGUCAAAAAGUGGCGGUGACGUGAUAGAAAGUAUUAAAUUAAAAACUGCAAUUUUCGAAUCUCAGAUCAAUAACCACAAUUCAUCAGAAAAGCCUAAAAUCCUUUCGAAGAAAAACGAUUUGAACAAGAGUACAAAGGGUGACAUUAAUUGGACCCAAAAGGGGGACAAAGACGUAAAAAAUUUACAAAACAGCCGAGGUCGCACUUUCACGCCAAUUGACACAGAAAGAAAUAUUUCUUCGGUCGAACCACAAGAACAUAACGAGAAGAAAAUUCAAAACACCUUUGAAAGGAAGUAUCAUCCCGUGGGACAGUCAAACAAUGAGCCUGUUAAGGACAGUAACAAGGGACAUGACACAACAGGCUCUAGGAACGCCUUUGGAGGGACAGGAUUUAGAAAAAAAUCAGUUGGUGAUGAAGUUGGAGACGUGAACAGGGAUGAAUCAUCGAGCGAUAAGUUCGUAUCUAAAAGGGCUGCUGAUUUUCGAUCACCAGGGAUUAUACGAAAAAAUUUUGACGCAAGAAGUAACCCAAGAGAAUGUGAUAAUAAGAUCAAUGAUUUUGGUCAGGAGAUUAUUAGGAACAAGUUGAGAGAGGACAACAGUAACAGGAACGAAAGGAGACGUCAUACGUACGAAACGAGAGAGAGGGACACGGACAGCGAAAGAACGAGAAGGAUUAGUUUGGAAAGUAGCAGUCCCAGAAAAGAGAAAUCUCCUCCAUCGUACUGUAUAAAAGACAUGAAGGCAAUUUUUGAGCAGAAAUCACAAAAAUAAAACAAUUUAAACAAAUAAGGGCCAAAUGUUUCUUGUUAUGCAUAUAUUGUAUUUAUGCUUAUCUAGAAGAUGUUGUUAUGAAACAGCUUGGUACCUCGGUUUUUCAUACAUUUUUUUUAUCAUCUUUUUUUUUGUUACUUGUUUUUUGUACCUAUUUUGUAAAAAUGUUCAUAUUUGUUUCUAAUAAUCCGCCUCCAUUACCCUAUUACGUAUUAUUAUUAUUAAUUUUAAAAUUCUGCUAACGUUUAUAAAAUGUUUUAGCCUAAAAAAGAUGUCUUAAUACAAUAGAUAGGCAACUUUCGUUUGGCAACAGAAUCCCAUGUAUAUUUUUUUCAUUCAUACUCUGGCGUUACGACUAUCAGCUGUUGUCAGCCAUCUUUGACAGCUGUCAUCGUACGCCAUCUUUUCUGCGGGUGCUCAGCUGAAGACUGUAACAUCACAGUAUUAAGAUUCUAUACAGUAGGUUCACCCCCUUGAUCUGUUUAAAAUGCAGAUAUUUUUUGCAGGUCGUCAUAAAUUAACAUUAAAACUCAUAAAAUGUAUUUGUAUUGUACGAUAAUGCUCUGUACAAGCUUCAUAAGAUAAUAAACGCGAUUUUGAUGGCGAAUGAAGGUUGCCUAUCUACUAACCUUUCUAAAGGUUCUACACCUUUGAGUAUUUUUACAUUCAGUUGUCUGUUGACAAAAAAAGAAGUGAAACUUUUUAGUCUUUUACCUACUUGAAAAAACAAUCGAAUAAAAGAAUUGUUAACACGUUUAGAAUGUAUUAUCAUAGUUACAAUCAAAGUUGUCUCUCUAGGGUAGACAUUAUUAUAUUAUUAGCUAGUUUGAUGUGUUCACUUCUUUAUUUCUGCUGUUGAAUGUUGACCACUCUAUAUUUACCUACAAGGUAAAAGAAAUACCAAUAUUAAUAGACCAAAAGUAAAGCUAUAAUCGCUAUAAAAAAAAGAUUUAAUUAUCAGUAAUGAUAAACUGCAUCAGAAAUUCAAUCAUAAAUUAAUAAAAUUGUAUCUAUCAUUUUGAACAUUAAAAUUAAGUGCAUGUACCUGCAACAUAUUUUGAGAAAUAUGUCCAAACAAAACUAUGAGAUUUAUGUUUUAUUAAUGUGCUCAUUAUGUAAGAAGGAAAAGUCUAUUGUGGUGCAAAAUACAGCAAUUCUGAAAAAUUUCCAAAAUACGGAGUGUAACAUCACGACAUGUCAGACCCUCCUGAAGUAAGGAAUAAUUAAAAAUAGCCGUCACCACGUUGGAUUCAUCUGCUUCAGAAUGAGGUUAGAAAUCAAGUUUUUGAGAUUUCAUAAUCAAAAAGAAAAAUAACUCAAUUGUUAAAUUUUAAAGAAGUUUGAGGUUCUACUAAUACUAUGAAACAAUAAAAGAUUUUAUUGUG